GCUGGCGGACCGGGCCAUUGUCAGGAGUGAGGAUGAGAUGAGCGGGGGCCGCUUUGACUUUGAUGAUGGUGGAGCGUACUGUGGGGGCUGGGAGGGGGGGAAGGCACAUGGGCACGGACUGUGCACCGGCCCCAAGGGCCAGGGUGAAUACUCGGGCUCCUGGAAUUUUGGUUUUGAAGUGGCAGGCGUCUACACCUGGCCCAGUGGCAAUACCUUUGAGGGAUACUGGAGCCAAGGCAAACGGCAUGGGCUUGGCAUAGAGACCAAGGGGCGCUGGCUCUACAAGGGGGAGUGGACGCAUGGCUUCAAGGGGCGCUACGGAAUCCGGCAGAGCACAAGCAGUGGUGCCAAGUACGAGGGCACUUGGAACAAUGGCCUACAGGACGGCUACGGCACCGAGACCUACGCAGAUGGAGGGACCUACCAAGGCCAGUUCACCAACGGCAUGCGGCAUGGCUACGGCGUGCGCCAAAGCGUGCCCUACGGGAUGGCGGUGGUGGUGCGCUCCCCGCUGCGCACGUCGCUGUCCUCGCUGCGCAGCGAGCACAGCAAUGGCACGGUGGCUCCGGACUCGCCGGCGGCGGACGGGCCCGCGCUGCCCUCGCCCCCGGUGCCGCGCGGUGGCUUCGCGCUCAGCCUGCUAGCCACCGCCGAGGCUGCGCGUCCCCCGGGGCUGUUCACACGUGGCGCGCUGCUGGGUCGGCUGCGACGCUCCGAGUCGCGCACGUCGCUGGGUAGCCAGCGCAGCCGCUUGAGCUUCCUCAAGAGCGAGCUGAGCUCGGGCGCCAGCGACGCCGCAUCCACCGGCAGCUUGGCCGAGGGCGCCGAGGGCCCCGACGACGCGGCCGCGCCCUUCGACGCCGACAUCGAUGCCACCACCACCGAGACCUACAUGGGCGAGUGGAAGAACGACAGGCGCUCAGGCUUCGGCGUGAGCGAGCGCUCCAGCGGCUUGCGCUACGAGGGAGAGUGGCUGGACAACCUGCGCCACGGCUACGGCCGCACCACGCUGCCCGAUGGCCACCGUGAGGAGGGCAAGUACCGCCACAACGUGCUGGUCAAGGGCACCAAGCGCCGCGUGCUGCCGCUCAAGAGCAGCAAAGUCCGCCAGAAAGUGGAGCAUGGCGUCGAGGGCGCUCAGCGUGCCGCAGCCAUCGCUCGCCAGAAGGCAGAGAUCGCUGCCUCCAGGUAA